AUGACAAGCAGGCAAGCGUCUUGUCGUCGUGGAAACUUGAGCUGGCACACACUUCCUACAGCGCUUGAUGUUGGUUUAGCAAAUGGCUGAGUCAGUGAUUAGAGCUUUGUAUGGUAAGGGAACAUCUUUAAAUUUGACGUCGAAGAAGAUGAACGAGGUUCCCACAUGUAUUUCCAGAUUAACAAACCUCUCAGUUCUCCUGUUGAACAACAACUCAAUUACAGCCCUGCCUGCAGAGCUGCUCUCGCUAAAACAUCUGGCUGAGCUGAAUUUGGGAAAUAAUGCCUUGAAGGAGCUUCCCGCUGUUUUGGGCCAUCUGGAGUCCUUGAAGAAACUGUAUCUGUUCAGCAACCAAAUUACAGCAGUGCCACCUGAGGUGAUCAGUGGAUUACAAAACCUUGCUGUGCUCAAUUUGAACCACAAUCAAAUUCAAAGACUUCCACCAGAGAUUAAAAGUUUGAGUAGGCUUCAGCAUCUCAGCAUGUUGGACAAUAAGCUGGAGGAGGUCCCUGCUGAGUUGGGCCACCUCAGGAGCUUGACUGAGAUAAACUUGACCUCCAAUUGUUUGUCUCAACUGCCGUGGCAGCUGUCCCAGUGUAAAGAACUAACCAAAUUGUAUGUCGCCAGAAACAAGCUGACCAGCCUACCAGAGGGAAUUAAUGAACUGGCAAAACUCCAAGUUCUAGAUGUGGCUGGGAACAAAUUGUCGAUGUUUCCAGUUAAGUUUCACCUGCUGCCCCUGAAGGAGCUUUACUUUGAAGGCAACGGGUUUGUGCGCUGUGAGCCGAUGUCAUCAGUGCAGGAUGCAGAGGUGCUUUCAUUAAAGGAACUGGUCGCCAGAUUUGUGUUGCAGGAGGACAGGAACAGGUCCUCUCUGGUCCACAGAAUGCUACCUCACUACCCACUCCUGACAGCCAUGUUGGCCACUGGCAGCUGUUGUGCACUCUGCCUCGACCCGUUCCUCACCACGUGGCUGGAGUGUGUGCAUUUUAUCAAUCUGAAGAAGGACAUGAAAAUGAGGAGUGGGCUGACGAUUCCAGUGCGCGCCCGUCUUUGUUCGCACAAGUGCUUUAAUACAGAUGGACACCCCUACUAUGGUGUUGCAGGUUCAUUAAAAAUGAACUAAGCGUUAUCUCAGUGACUGUCCCGUCUUUUUUUUUUUUUUUUUUUAAAGAAUAAACUAAUGCAAUUUUAACAAGAAACAUCAGCAGCACAAUGUAUACAUGUUAGAUUAAUUUGGUGUUGUGGUGGAAAGUAAAUACAUUUACUCAGGUACUAUGCUUCAAGACCAUUUUCAUUUACUCCACUACGUUUCAGAGACAAAUAUCGCACUAUGAAUUUAAUAUUUUUAGUAGUAAUUUGCUAGUAAUACUUCUGUACUCUAAUUUAUGUGGCAUUUUAAGUGAAGGCCUUUUAUUGGUAGUUUACUGGGAUCUGAAUACUUCUUUCCCCAGUGAUAUGGUGUUAUAAAUUCUAGUAAAUGCAGAUGCCGUAUGACUCUGUGAUCACUAGGUGGCAUCACAUGAACAUGGAAAAUUAUCAGUCUAGUUGGACCUUGUUCAAGUGCUGAUAGCCGAUAGCUUGUAGAGUAUAUUUAUUCUAUGUGCCAGCAACAGCUUUCAGAAAAUGUGUGACUUUGUACAUGUAUACUCCUUAAACAAAACACCUUUGCAUGUAAAUACGUGGAUUAAAUACAUUAAAUUUUUUUCACACUGGUUGGCCCAUUGAAUGUAUGUGAUGUAUGUAACUGGCAAAUUAAUAGAUAUGUUUACAAUGUUGUUCAUUAUAUAGCCUACAUGUAGGGUUAACCAUUAAUUCAGUUCAAGUUCAAUUUUUUUAAUGAAAAAAGAGAAGUAUAUCCCCUACGCAUGUUUAGGUUGUGCAAAUCUAUUUCCUGUUUACACCUUAGCUGCCCCAUCUCUACCUCCAUCUUCAGCCAGUGGCAUCUGUUCCAACCUGCCAGACAAGAGAGAGAGAGGGAGAACUUCAUUUCUAGCAAAUUAAUUUCCCAUCCACGCCUGCAGAGCUUGCUAGCUCGUUCACUAGCUGCUGCGGCUGCUGCUGCGUGUGUCUACUGAGUCUGAGCCUCAUGCAUAAGGCAUCAGGUUUAAUUGCAAACCCAGAAACUAAUGACUUUGGACUGGUUAACAGCAGGGGAGCCAUACAUCUCGAGCAAACUGAAUGAAAUAUCAGCUCAGAGGAGGGAAAAAAAGGAGCCUAGCCCCUAAUUGAUGAAUAAUUGAAGCGGCGAGCUACAGGGCAUAAUUGUGACAUUUUGUUUCAAUCAAUUUCCAAGUGGUGUGGGCGAAAGUGCACUUAAAGGGAAAAGGCAAUGACAAAGAAUAAGAAAGAGAGAGAUAGAGAGAGUGGUUGGUGAUGGAAAUGGACAUUGGGUCUUCAUUCAUUGCAAUGACAUUUGCUGGGGCAAAAGUCCAGACUCAUUCAAACACAAAAUGACUUUUCUCUCUAUCUUCAUCUCACUUUGUAGAUUUCCUGUCAGUCUCCUGUUAUGCUACUGAGAGGUCACUUUUUCACUCCCAGCCAAUGGAUCCAUAUAUUUUUAAAAUUAUUUCUUUUGUUCAUUUUGACUUGCCUUAAUCAUUUUUAAAAAGUCAAUUACAAAGCUACUGUCCAGUUACAGCCGAGAAGAACUAAAGCAAGACUGCCAUCUGUUUAAGUGGAUGUGUUUGUGUUUUCAGCAAAGCCUAAAUUCUUUUUCCAGUUGGCUCGGUUUGUUUACUGUCGGUUAGAGUAUGAGGGCACCGGGCCAAGUCAGCCAGACUGGUGGAAUUAAACACCACACCAGUCUGCCUUGGCCUCAUUGGACAGAGCCUGGGGUCAGGCAGACAAAGAGAAGCAGUCGGGGCCACCGGGGCACAGCACCAUCUGAGCUUGUGCCUGGAUUUUUGAUUAUAACCAUACUAUCAUGUAUGUUUCCAACACUCACAUAAAUACUCCAUCAUAUAGAUAUAUCAACACUCUGACUGAACUGGCUAUGAAACAAUCUCAGUUUAAUGGUGAUGCCUUCACAUAA